AUGGGCCAGGAGCCAGAGCAACAAAAUAAGAAAUACAGGGAGCUCAAUGAAAGGCUGAUGGAAGUGAAAGAAUACGAAAGUGAUGAAAUAAGUUUACUAGAAUUCCAGAGAGUGGGUGCGACCCCGGACUACAGAACUCUCGCAAUCAGCGCUAUAAAAGCAGCGCCUUCCGACCAAACCCUCAUAUCGGAGCUCCUCGUCUCGGAAGAUCCUGCGAAGUUCUGCCCAAAGUAUUGCAAGGCGGUUCCUGACCAAGACAUCAGUAUCUUUCUCUCCGUCAUUCCUUGGAAUCAGAAGAAAAUGGCAAGUUUCAGUCCCCGAAGUGUCUUGUGCAGGUUCAUCCGUUCGAACGAGUGCCGUUAUGGAGCCAGCUGCCGAUUCUCCCACGAUGGGACGUCGGAAACAGUGGCGGUCUGUCGCUAUUUCCAGAGAGGCGACUGCCGAUACGGUGAGCGCUGUCGCUACCGACACGUCUCCGAGGAUUCGUCAUGUCCCCCGUCGUCGAGCGCUCAAUCGAUUGAGACCCCGGUGGAGUCGCCUCUCGAAGCUUCGGCAUUGUGCGAGUUCCACGUGAUUUCGGGGGUUUGCCGGAACCGGGACUGCAAAGCGACCCACGGAGACAUUUGUGAUCUCUGCUGCAAAUACGUCCUGCACUCGAACGAUCCUGACCUCAAGAAGCGACAUCUGACGGAGUGCCGGCGGACCCAGGAGGAGCGAGGAGAGUCUGCCGCAGCGAUAGAGCCGUCAUCGGAACUACAGUGCGGGAUCUGUUUGGACGUCGUCACCGCGAAGGAAGCGGAAUCUUCCAGGAUAUUCGGCAUCCUCGAGGAGUGUCCGCACGUCUUCUGCCUGGACUGUAUCAAGGAGUGGAGACGUUCGGUCUCAGUUUCUGUGACAGCGGCCCGAGGAUGCCCAGAAUGCCGAACGGAGUCCCAUCUCGUGAUCCCUUCGGCCUACUUCGUCGGGAAGGGCGAGAGAAAGGCCACUCUCGUCGAAGGCUACAAGACGGCGUUGUCCAAAAGGAUCUGCAAAUUCUUCGAUCAAGGGAGAGGAGCUUGCCCCUUCGCGAGCAGAUGUCUGUCCAGGCACGUCUUGCCGAACGGCGAGCUCGAGCCGAAGGAUGCCGUCCCAGUUCACGGUCCCGAGAACGAAGAGCCUUGGCUACGUGUCCCGUUAGCGGAUGGCUCAACGAUGAUUGUCAUAGGUUUCGAGGUGUUUAUCAUACCUGCACCGGGCCAGUCCGAAGAUAGCGCCCGUGAAUACAAUCCCUUGUAA